CAAUCCUCCAGAAAGGAAUCGUUUAGAAAAAGUAAUGGGUUUGCUUCAAAGCCAACCGAAUCUCACUCCUUUCCUCGCCUUCUCAUUCUUCCCAUUGCAUCUUCCUUUAUAUCCACCUCCUUCUUUCUCAAUGUAUAUAUAUACACACUCUUUAGCAAACUUCCAAGAUUGGAAAAUCAAGAGCUGCCUGUACCAAGAAAAUCCACGGUUACUUUUGAAAGAUAACUCUAUACCUAUACCUUUUCUUGAUUUCUUUCUUUUCUUUCUUUAAUAAAUGGUUAUCGAAGCUCAAGAAUUAGCGAUGGGGUCUACAGAAAUAAUCACCAAAGGAAAACGAACUAAGCGACAAAGGGCAGUGUCACCGCUCCGGUUAGCUGUGACUUCUAGCUCAUCGUCUAGUGGUGGAGCUGCGCCAAAUGAAAUAAUUGAGAGCAACACGUCAUUAUCUUCUUCAACUCCAGCCACCUCGAUAGAAUUUUCCGGCGGCAGAGGAGGAGGAGAAGAAGAAGAAGAUAUGGCGAAUUGUUUGAUUCUUUUGGCUCAAGGUACUCAAAAAAAUUUACCUAAACUUCCUGCCUCUUCUUAUUCUUCUCCUAAGGCUUAUGUUUAUGAGUGCAAGACUUGCAACCGUUGCUUUCCAUCGUUUCAAGCACUUGGCGGCCAUAGAGCAAGUCAUAAAAAACCUAACACCAGUAAAAAUAGCAAUGAAGAAAAGAAAGUAUUUCUUGAAGAAGAUGAUGAUCAAGUAGCGCUUUCAUUGCAAAUAGUACCAAACAGAAGUUUGUUUGCUAGUAGUAAUAGCAAUAUUAACGUAAAAUCGAAUAAAGUUCAUGAAUGUUCUAUAUGCGGCGCUGAGUUUUCCUCCGGUCAGGCUUUAGGCGGUCAUAUGAGGCGGCACAGGGCAGCGUUUGCUAGUAAUACUAAUUCAAAUUCGAUGAAGAUGAGUAUGAGUUUGGGAACUGAGUUGCAAGAAGCUAAAAAGCCAAGAAAUAGUUUACAGUUAGACCUAAAUCUUCCUGCGCCAGAAGAUGAUAUUAGAGAAUCAAAAUUUCACUUUGCUUCAAAAGAACAAGUUCUUGUAUUCUCUUCUUCUUCUUUGGUUGAUUGUCAUUACUGAUCAUACAGCACCAACUCUCGUUUUCCUUUUGUGGAAUUAUUUUACUCAAUGUUAAUUAAUCAUCAACUUCAUUGAUCACUAAUAUAAUUCAUGUAUAAUUGUUCAUUCUUUCAA